CUCUCUCUCUCUAAAACCUACAUAUACAUACACCCUUCUAUCUCUCUAUAUAUAUUUUUCUCUAUAUAUAAUAUUAAUAAUAAUAAAUAAAUAAAAUAUCCGCACACUUCCUUUGAGGCGAAAAAAUGGCUGUUGAGAUUACAGAGUUUCUAUUAUCUGCACAAUCACAAGACACAAAUGUCCGAACUGAAGCCGAGGGUAGACUUAAGCAGUUUCAGGAGCAAAACCUUCCUGGAUUUCUUUUGUCCUUGUCAGUUGAGCUCUCUAAUGAUGGCAAGCCUUUGGAGUCUCGUAAGUUGGCUGGUAUUGUGCUUAAGAACUGUUUGGAUGCCAAAGAUGCUACAACAAAGGAGCAUUUAGUGCAAAGCUGGAUGUCAAAUGACGUGUCUUUCAGAUCUCAAGUUAAAGGCUUGCUGUUGAAUACUCUUGGUUCAUCUGUUUCUGAAGCAGGGCACACUGCUGCCCAAGUUAUUGCCAAGAUUGCUUCCAUUGAAAUUCCAAGAAAAGAAUGGCCGGACCUUAUUGGCUCUUUGCUUGGAAAUAUGACCCAACAAAAUAAGCCUGCAUCAUUGAAGCAAGCAACCUUAGAGGCACUUGGGUAUGUUUGCGAAGAGAUAUCCCACAAUGAUCUUGUGCAAGAUGAAGUGAACUCUGUACUCACUGCUGUUGUCCAGGGAAUGAAUGCCAUUGAGCAUAGUUCUGUACGUCUUGCAGCAACUACAGCACUAUACAACGCUCUUGAUUUUGCUCAAACCAAUUUUGAAAACGAGAUGGAGAGAAACUACAUCAUGAAAGUUGUUUGCGAAACAGCCAUGGCUAAAGAGGCAGAUAUCAGACAAGCUGCUUUUGAAUGUCUUGUAUCAAUAGCUUCAACAUACUAUGAUGUCUUGGCGCCUUAUAUGCAGACUCUAUUUGAACUAACUGCAAAUGCUGUCAAAGGAGACGAGGAAGGUGUUGCUCUCCAAGCCAUUGAGUUCUGGAGCUCCAUUUGUGAUGAAGAGAUCGAGCUUCAAGACUAUGAAACUGGUGAAAGUGGAGAUUCGUACCCUCAUUCACGAUUCAUUGAGAAGGCUCUUCCACAGUUGGUUCCCAUGUUGCUUGAAACUCUAUUGAAGCAGGAUGAAGAGCAAGAUCAAGAAGAUGGUAUCUGGAAUCUGGCUAUGGCAGGAGGAACAUGCCUUGGUCUUGUUGCUAGAACUGUUGGGGAUGCGAUAGUGCCCUUAGUUAUGCCUUUCGUGCAGGAAAACAUAUCAAAGCCUGACUGGCGAUCACGUGAGGCAGCAACAUAUGCAUUUGGAUCAACUCUUGAAGGUCCUAGUGUUGAAAAGCUCUCCCCAAUGGUCACAUCUGCAUUAGAGUUUCUGCUUAAUGCUAUGAGGGAUGAAAACAGCCAUGUAAAAGACACAACUGCUUGGACUCUCGGUCGUAUUUUUGAGUUAUUGCAUUGUCCAGCGACUGGCUUUUCUGUUAUUACUGCUGGUAACAUUCAGCGAAUUAUGGGGGUUCUUUUAGGAAGUCUCAAAGAUUCACCUCAUGUUGCUGAAAAAGUCUGUGGGGCGAUUUAUUUUCUUGCUCAGGGAUAUGAGGGUCUUGAACAUGGCUCAUCUGUUCUCACACCGUAUCUUCCAGAUAUCAUAACUUCUCUUAUUGGAAGUGCAGAAAGAACAGAUGCCAGUGAUACGAAGUUAAGGUCUGCUGCAUAUGAAACCUUGAAUGAGGUUGUUAGGUGUUCUAACCUUGCUGACUCAUCGCAAAUAAUAGCACAGCUUCUUCCCAUUAUUAUGACCAAACUGGGACAGACAGUUGAACUUCAGAUUUUGUCGUCAGAUCAAGGAGAUUUACAAGCUGUGCUUUGCGGUGUCAUGCAAGUAAUCAUCCAGAAACUUAGCAGUGCUGAUGAAAGUAAACCCAUUAUAAUUCAAGCUGCUGAUCAGAUUAUGAUGUUAUUUCUUAAAGUGUUUGCUUGCCGAAGUUCAACAGUUCAUGAAGAAGCAAUGCUUGCCAUUGGCUCUCUGGCUUAUGCCACUGGACCCGAAUUUGUAAAAUAUAUGUCAGAAUUUUACAAGUAUUUAGAGAUGGGUCUUCAGAAUUUUGAGGAAUACGAGGUUUGUUCUAUCUCGGUUGGGGUGGUUGGUGAUAUAUGCAGGGCUUUGGAAGAUAAGGUUUUACCUUUUUGUGAUAGUAUCAUGACACUGCUUCUUAAGGAUCUUUCUAGUAAUGACCUAAACCGGUCUGUCAAACCUCCAAUCUUUUCAUGCUUUGGUGAUGUGGCACUUGCUAUUGGAGAACAUUUUGAGAAGUAUCUUCCUUAUGCAAUCCCAAUGAUGCAAGGAGCUGCUGAAGUGUGUGCUCAGAUAAACACCAAUGAUGAAGAGAUGGUGGAGUACGGUAAUCAGUUGAAGCGAAGCAUAUUUGAGGCAUACUCUGGUAUCUUACAAGUAUUCAAGGAAUCCAAGGCUCAGCUUAUGUUGCCUCAUGCUCCACACCUUUUAAAGUUCAUAGAAGUGGUUGUUAAGGAUGUCCACAGGGAUGAGAGUGUGGUAAAAGCAGCAGUAGCAGUGUUGGGAGAUCUUGCAGAUGCACUUGGUCCAAAUCUGAAGGGCCUAUUCAGUGACUUGACAUUCUGUCAAGAGUUCAUAGUAGAGUGUCUUCAAUCUGAAGAUGAACAGCUCAAGGAGACUGCCACUUGGACCCAAGGGAUGCUGGCACGCUCAUAUGCCUGAUUAAUCAUCAUUCUUUCUCGCUCACUGAAAAAUGCGCUUUUUCAAUUAUGGUUUCAUAUGAGGUUAUCAAGUUUAAACCUUGGUCGGGUCAGGUCAUGUCAUGUCAGGUCGGGUCAGUUCAGGACAGGUAAAUGCUGUGUUGCCAUGUGUCUUUUUGUACUAUCAAUCCAUGUACAAAAAUUGGUGGAAAGGUCAUUGUGUACGAGACUUGACAUAUUCAGGUCACUAUAAUGGUGGCUGAUCAAUUUUAUGAAACCUUUUGAUCCUGUAGUUCA